AUGUCCAAGUUUGUUGAGAGGGCCAUUGAUAAUGCAUUACUCUUAUUUAGAGGCCAUAUGGUGCAGUUUCAUAACACAUUAGCAACAUAUGGGGAGAGUUUAGAUAACCUCACUGCUAGGAUGUAUACGAGGGAGAAGAGAGAGGGUACCGCCAUUGAGUUGAUUGUGAUAAGGGGAGAGAUUACUACUCUUAGGGAUGAUGUGGAUAAGCUGAGGUCCAUUGAUAUUUCGAUGCUUUGGGGUGAAUUCCCCUUACUUGAUGUGCCUGAGGUAGUCCCUCCUUCUGAGUCGAGAGUGGAUGCACCUAGAGGUGUGGCUGAGAAGUCUGAUGAUGGUACUGAUGAGGUUGGUGAUGAGGAUGAGGAUGAGUUCUUGCCAGAGGAUGAGCAGCAGACUGUUGAGACGCUGACAGAGUUGUAG